AAAAUAUCUGUUGUAAUGUUCUGGCGGACCAUGGCAUCAUGUUUACAGCCAUUAUGUUAUAACCAAGCUAAUUGUGUUGAAAUUGGAGCAAUAAAUAGGGAGAAAUUAGAUGUUUUGAAAGUUUCAUUGGAAAAGCCAUUGUUUGAUGAUUCUGACUCAGAAAUUGAAUAUCAAUAUCUUUCCACUGUUGAUAAUAUUACUGAAUCAAGUUUUACAAAAUGUGAUCUUAUUUUUGAAAAUGAAAACGAGUUCGUGUGUUUGUCACCAAACAAAGAAACAGAGUUUAUUGCUGUACUUCCUAGUUUAAUUACAACUCCUAUAAUUGAAAGAUGUGCUUCUUGGGAAGAACUAAAAACGUUUUCAGAAGCUUCCAAUAGUGAUGUUCCUAAAGAAGACCUAAAUUCAACAUGUGAUGAUUUUGGUAAAAUUACAAAAAAAUGUUUGAAUCUAAUUAAAACAUGUGGAGAAAUUGAGGUUGAUACCUCAAAACCAGAAACCAACAAGUACACAAAACCAGCACGACUUUGUUUAUUUUGCAAAGUUCCUCAGACUCGGUUAAAACGCCAUAUUCUUUUAAAGCAUGGUACUGAAAUUUCGGUAUUGCCUCUUUUAAAUAUGAACUCUGUAGAUCAGAAUCGUUAUAUAGAAAUAUUUCGAAAGGAAGCUAUUAGAAAUCACAAUGUUUCACUGGUGGAAUCAGGUCAAACAUGUUUUAUUAGAGAAAGAAAGUCAAAAAUACAAAAUGAUGAACUCCCUCUUAUGUGUUGUGGGUGUAAAGGUUUCUAUUCAAGAAAGUAUAAAGCUCGUCACCAACUUGUUUGCCAAGGUACAAAUACCAAUCUAAUGAUACCUAUGGUUUCUAUAGCAAGUAAAGAUUAUGAAAAUUAUUCAAAUGAUUUUGUCAACCUUCUAAACACAUUACAACUGGAUGAUAUUGGAAAUUAUAUUAAAACUGACAAAAUCAUUUUAAUGAUUGGUUCUAGAUCUUAUAGCGCUCUUAAAAGAAAGAAAGAUAAAGUUUCAGAGACUAAAAGAUUGGUUCGUUCACGAAUGCGGUUAACUGCAAGAUUAUACUUAUCUUUUAAAAGUAUCUAUAGCAAUCAGAAAGCUGUUAAAAUAGAUAAUAUCUUAAAUAAUGCAGCUGACAUGUACUGUCGAGAAGUAAUCACCAUAGUUGGAGAAGCUAUUAAUUCUUUAUCAGAAAAAUCAAAUGAAGAUUCGGACCAUCUUUUAUUAAGUGCACAAAAAAGUGGCCUAAAAAAUCAGUAUACUUAAUUUAUU